AAAUAGCAGGCCCCGGUACUCAAAUAUUUAGCGGUCUACAGGGGAAAUGACCGAGGAAAUGCCUUCUCUCCGAUGUAUAAUAGCAACCCUUUUCUUCGCCCUUUUGCUCCCACCAGGAUCCUUUCCAGCCACCACAUUGAGUCCAUCAUUUUAUGAUGAAACAUGCCCCACGGUAUUUAGCAUCAUUCGAGGAAUCAUCGAACAAGCUUUGCUCUCUGAUCCUAGGAUUGGUGCCAGCCUUCUUAGGCUUCACUUCCAUGACUGCUUUGUUAAUGGCUGUGAUGCAUCGAUUUUAUUGGACAACAGCGCUACCAUAGAAAGCGAGAAAGAAGCUGCGCCGAAUAAUAACUCAGCAAGAGGAUUUGAGGUUGUCGAUGCCAUGAAGAUCGCACUAGAAUUUGAGUGUCCAGGCAUCGUUUCCUGUGCUGAUAUUCUUGCUAUUGCAGCUCAAGAGGCUGUCAAUCUGGCGGGAGGUCCUUCAUGGCUAGUUCUAUUGGGAAGAAGGGAUAGCACAACAGCAAAUCGAACACUGGCCAAUUUAGCUAUUCCAGCUGCCUUUGAAACUCUUGAUAUUCUCAAGUCCAAGUUUGCAGCCGUGGGGCUCAAUACCAGUACCGAUCUGGUUGCACUUUCAGGUGCUCACACAUUUGGACGGGCUCAAUGUACGAUUGUCAUUGAACGAUUAUAUAAUUUCAAUGGUACCGGAAAAGCAGACCCGACAUUGAACGCAACAUACUUAGAGACGCUACGCAAAGUAUGCCCUCAAGGCGGAAAUGGUAGUGUUUUGGUGAAUUUAGAUCCUACAACACCUAAUACAUUCGACAGUAACUACUACACUAACCUUCAAGCUCAAGAAGGACUGCUCCAAAGUGAUCAAGAGCUGUUUUCUACUAGUGGAGCUGAUACCAUUGAAAUUGUGGAGAGGUUCAGCAGCAAUCAAAUUGCUUUCUUUGAAAGCUUUGUGGUUUCCAUGCUAAAAAUGGGAAAUAUCAGUCCAGUAACAGGUACGGAAGGAGAGAUUAGAUUGAGUUGUAGAAGGGUUCAUAUGGAUUACACAAGUUCAAACAAAUGGAGCUCUAGCUAAGGUGUGUCUGUUGGAGACUGUAAUUUGAAUUGUUCCAGAUUCAUGCUUGUUGGGUUUCUAGAUAUUUCAGUUCAAGGUCUAUCUAAAAGUCCAUAUAAUAUUUUAGUCAAUGUGUAGUGUGUUAACUAGGAUUCGCUAAAUAGUCAACUAUUGUGCCUAUAUAUUCCCUCUGUACUUGGUGAAAGUAAGUCGGAAAAAUUACAGAUACAACAGAGUUCAAGGAAACUCAUCUUUGAAAAUUGAUUCUGCCUCUUCCUUUCCUGUAAAA